GAGGGGUCAAAAAUGAAUUACGCCUAAACUUUAUGAAAGCAUCGUAAAGUUAUACGUUUUGUGUCAGUUCCGUAUACUUUCCUUGCCGGUUUCAGAUUCUGCGCUACUGAAGAAGGUGAUCGUUGACAAUCCAUGGCCUAUCUUCAAGGACAACUCCGCAGUAAUAUCUUUGAACCAACACCGAUUAAUUACCUUACCCACCACCAUAAAUUCUCUACUAUAAGCUAUUCAAACACAGGUAGAAACUGGAAAACCAAACACAGUAACUCAUAGCAAUGGAGAUUAGUCUGGAUUGGGUUCUUGGAUUAGCUUUGGUUGCUGGCAUUUCACCCAUUUUCCUUGCUUUGCUCCCUUUUUCUUGUUUAAAUUCUUUCCAUCAUUUUCUGUUAGAAUUUGUGAUGAGAGGCAAGAUUAUGCAACCAUCCCCCUCCUCACCAACUCAUAAGUUCACAGUUCCUCAAAGGUUCUUCUUGCAUUUUUACUUGUUGGCUGUGGUAUGGACAACCUUUUUGCUCAUCAUAACUUGCCAUUAUGCUCAUAACUUGGCAUUAUCUACUGCGGACCUUAUAAGUCACAAGGUUUGGCUGUCUGUUUUUAUGCUUUUACUGAUGGAGGCACAAGUGUUAAGGCGUCUUUACGAGACGGUUUAUGUCUUUAACUACAGUCCUUCUGCUCGAAUGCACGUUGUUGUUUAUCUAGGAGGAUUUUUUUUCUAUACAGCAGCGCCUCUGUCGCUUUGCCACUUGUAUUUCUUUGAAGCUCUACGUGCUGCAGGGAACCGAGGGACUGAGAUGAACAUUAGUAAAAAUGAAGAGGCGUCUCCUGUUGACAUUUAUUGGUGGUAUUACAUAGAGCCUAUUGUAAAGCUUGGCUGGUUCCAAUUGGCUGGUGCUGCAAUAUUUUCUUGGGGUUGGGUGCAUCAACGCCGGUGUCAUGUAAUCUUGGGAUCUCUACGCAAACAUAGAAAACAAAUGGAUGACUAUGUAAUUCCUUAUGGUGAUUGGUUUGAAAUGGUUUCAAGUCCACACUACUUUGCCGAGAUGAUAAUAUAUCUUGGUCUUCUGGUAGCAAGUGGAGGCACCGACUUCACAAUAUGGCUCCUUAAUCUGUUUGUGGUGGCUAAUCUUGCAUUUGCUGCAGCUGAGACGCAAAGGUGGUACCUGCGUAAGUUCGAGAACUAUCCGCGUACAAGAAGAGCCAUUUUGCCAUUUCUCUAUUAGAUAGGUAUCGCUACAAUUCACGUCAAGAUCUGAUUCUAAACAACACGAAUGCUAAAUCUUUUUCGUGCCCGGGAUGAAUCUGAAAAUUACUUAAGACUUGUCAUGAUGCCUAGUUUUCAAGCAAUGGAGAGUAACAUUUCCAGCCAUUGCACUUUUUUUUGUAUCUUUGUAUUUUGUUUAACAAGUAACUUAGCUUCCUAAUGUAAAAUUUAUCAGAAUUUUCUAUAAUUUGAACUUUAACCGCUAACACCUUAAUUUGUAGUGGAUUUAGUAGCA